GCAGGCGCGGUUGGGCGGCGGGGGCAAGAUGUCGGCGCUGGGGGCGGCGGAGGCGGGCGGCGGGUCCUUGUUCCGGCCCCUCGGCGGCGAGGAGGGCGAGCAGCGGCCAGCCGAGAUCGAGUCCCUCUGCAUGAACUGCUUCCGCAGCGGGGUGACGCGGCUGCUGCUCACCCGGAUCCCCUUCUUCAAAGAGAUCAUCGUCAGCUCCUUCAGCUGCGGCAGCUGCGCCUGGUCCGACGCCGAGAUCCAGUCGGCGGGGCGCAUCCAGGAGCUGGGGGUGCGCUACGCCCUGGCCGUCACCUCCCGCCGGGACAUGGACAGGGAAGUGGUGAAGAUGGACUGUGCCACGGCUCGAAUUCCGGAGCUGGACUUCGAGAUCCCCGCUUUCACCCAGAAGGGAGUUCUGACCACCGUCGAAGGGAUAAUUGACAGAGCCAUCAUGGGCCUGGAGCAGGACCAGCCCGUGCGCAGGGCGACAGACCGAGAGGUGGCUGCAAAAAUAGACGAGUUCAUUGGGAAACUGAGGCAGCUGAAGGAAGUGCGCUCCUCCUUCACCUUUGUCCUAGACGAUCCCUCGGGGAACAGCUUCGUGGAGAACCCGCGGGCGCCGCUGAGGGACGAUGCUCUCGUGGUCAGCCGCUACCGCAGGACUCCCCAGCAGGCUGCCAUGCUGGGACUGGAGGGGGAGGACUCGGAUGAGCACCCAGCGGAAUCUGCAGAGGAUCUGAGGAACGAGGUGCUGCAGUUCAACACCAACUGCCCCGAGUGCAACGCGCCAGCCAACACCAACAUGAAGUUAGUGCAAAUCCCCCACUUCAAGGAAGUGAUUAUCAUGGCCACAAACUGCGACUCCUGCGGGCACAGGACAAAUGAGGUGAAGUCGGGAGGAGCGAUCGAAGCGCAGGGCACCAGGAUCACCCUGCGGAUUACAGACCCUUCCGACAUGACGAGGGAUGUCCUAAAGUCGGAGACGUGCAGCGUGGAGAUCCCCGAGCUGGAGUUCGAGCUGGGGAUGGGAGCGCUGGGCGGGAAGUUCACCACGCUGGAGGGGCUGCUGAAGGACAUCAGGGAGCUGGUGGAGAGGAACCCCUUCACCCUGGGGGACAGCUCUACGCCCAGACAAACGGGGAAGCUGCAGGAGUUCCUUGGGAAACUGCAACAGGUCAUAGAGGGAAAGACAAAGGCUCACUUCAUCAUGGAUGACCCUGCAGGCAACAGCUAUCUUCAGAACGUGUACGCCCCUGAGGACGACCCGGAGCUGAAGGUGGAGCGCUACGAGCGUACGUUUGAGCAGAACGAAGACCUGGGCCUGAACGACAUGAAGACGGAGGGCUACGAGUCAGAGGGAGCCUCGGGCCGGUAGCCGGGCGCAACAGGACCCCUCCGGCCUCUUCCCCUGCCGGCUCUGGGGGGGCACCGGGGCUUGUGGGGGGCCGGGGCCGCCCGGGGAGGUGCCCGGCCGAGCUGUGGGGGCGGGGGGAGGCCGGUUUGGGCUGCGACCCCCCCAAUAAAACCUGUUCCUGGA